AUGGCCUACCAGAGACCAGAUCUACGGGACAGACCAGUAAGACCGCCACAGGACUACCUGGCCAUUCACAUAGACUAUGAGGAUGAAGACAGGCACCUUGCCGAGGCAGCCUUCUGGCCGAGCCCACCCUCCGCUGGGUUGAUAAGGAACGGAGCGAAAGGAAAUUUUCCGGUGACGAACCCGAAGUACACAACGUACCGACUGGUCAAUCCUAGAGAUUCGUAUACCAUCGGGGAUUACGUCAAUGUGACGAUUCAGGCACGCGACCAACAGAACCAACCCAAGACGUUUGGAGGAGAUUACUUCCAGGUCAAAGUUUACUCCAACAGCACCAACUCCAGCGCCGCAGGAAGGGUCAAAGAUCACAGGAACGGGACCUAUACAGCCAGGUUCCGUCUGUACUGGCCUGGAGAGGUUUACUUCCGGGUCGUACUAGUACAUCCGGCUGAGGGGUGCUUCCUGCUGAAGCACAUCUUAGAAACCUGUCCUCUCAGGCUGACCUUCAGGAGCGCCUUUCAAGGACAAGGCAACUUCACUGAGGAAUCAGAAUGUAACGUUUGGCUGGAGUCCGGGACUCCUCACUGUGACUACUCGGAUCCCUACGCCGGUGUCACGUGGGUUUGUGACAAGCCCAGGACGUUGUCGUGCGACAGACGUGUCAAUCAUUGGGUGGACUAUGAGGCCUCCUCCGUGUACUGCCCACUCAGCGACGGGCAAAAGGAUCUCAUCAACAUACACUUCAAGUCGUCUCAGUACCUGGACUGUCUACAGAACAAAGAACUGUACUUCAUGGGUGACUCUACAGGGAGGCAGUGGUUCGAGCUCUUAGUGGACACCCUGCGGUUAAAACAUAUGAACACAGACCCUUUCAUCACCAGGCGAGCAGGACCACAUCUUGCCAUCAACGAGAAAAGAAACAUAACGGUUCGCUUCCGGGUCCACGGCUACCCUCUGCGAACAGGUGGCCUAAACGUGUCUCACGUGAACUUCCUGGCCAGAGAGAUUGACACCAUCCAUGGCGGGCCGGGCUACGUCCUGGUCAUAUCAGUCUGGGCUCACUUCACCUCCUUCCACCUGGACAUCUACAUAGAACGCAUGCGGGCGAUUCGGGCCGCCAUUUUGAGACUUCUCUCAAGGUCACCGGGGACGUUGGUUGUUCUAAAGACGGCGAACACGCGCACGGGAGUUCCGCGGCUCAAUAGCGACUGGUACGCGCACGUCCUCGACAGACUGCUCAGGAAACUGUUCGAGAACCUGAAGGUGGUUAUUCUGGACGUGUGGGACCUGACUUUGGCGCACCGCAACAGGGAUGAGAUUCACCCGGUUCGUGACGUCGUCAGACAAGAAGUACAGCUUCUGCUGUCAUUUGUAUGCCCAGAUUACGAGACACAGAAAGCAUAG